AUGCUCAGCCCUGCAAUGCUCAAGGUCUCGUUGAGCCGGAGGUUUGAGGCAUUUUUCUUGAAAAAAAAUUUUUUUUGGUACUAUUGCUGGUGAUCCUGCAUAUCCGUGAACUUUUAAUCUUUAUAGUCUUUUUGAAGAUUCUUUUUACCUUUUAAACGUACGAAAAUACAAAAAAAUUUUUAAACUUCAAAUUGAUUUUUUCCAGGUGUUCUCAUCAACCUCCGGGAUACGAAGAUGUAAGUGAGAAUUUGGAAAUUUUCUGACUUAUGAAUUUUUUUCAGAAGAGAUGUUUACGAAAGUCGUCGGAUGAAGAGGAAGUUCACUACACUACGGAGAGAAGUUAGUUCCUUUUUUUUUCGUAUGAAAUGAGAAUUUUGAGCAUAGUUUCAAAAUUGGGUCAGGAACGAUCCCCUCUAAAUUUGGACUGGAAGUACCUUUUCACUUGAGUGGCCACUUGGAUCAGAUAAAGUGUUUCUCAGGAAGGAGCACCUCUUCGAUUAUCGUCAUCGAUCCGGCAGACCAGGCGAAACUCAACCGUCGAUGCUCCUCCACCAAGCAGCAGCCAUUCAGGCCAAGACAGGUGAGCCGCGUCGCGUGUGUGGGCGGGAAAGCGACGCGUCGCGGUUUCCGUCACAGUUGCUCACUCUCACAUGUUUGGCAGCCAGUUGAUCGAUAA